AUGUCUGUUGCAGAUAUUCCUGGAAUGGGUUGCUAUUUCUUCAGCUAUGAAUGGAUUCUUAGCAAAAUCACCUUAGAGGGAGAAAGGUAUACGCAAUAUACUGAAGUAAUAAGCCCACAUCCCCUCGAAAAUUUACCCUAAACGCCUUUUGAAGCCGGUCGAACCGUUCCCUGGUCUCUAUCUGGCCAGAAAGAACCAAAGCUGCCCUGCAAUGUAGGACUUGAAGAUACUCCCGAUGUAUGGGUCGGGUAAAUCACCCAUAGCCUGAAACCGUGCACGUUGUUAUAGAUGAACAAAACAUCAUCGUUGCCCGCCGUUGUCAUAGUAUUAGCGAGCUUAAGCACAGGCGUUUCUGAGCGGUACAUGUCAAACUGAAGUGAAGCCUUGUCUCUUUUAAUAUGCCUUGACUCUGCCAUGUUUGCAAUGCAAAGUGUUUUUACUCUAAUAAAGACGCUUUGCCGGAAAGAAAUGGGCGAAACCACUGCCGAAGAAUUCAAAAUGUCCACUCAGUAUGGUUGAUGUGCGUCGCUCAAAAACCUCCCCGCUUAAGCUCCCUGUUCAUAUGAAGUCCCCACUGAGAUUCUCGCGAAAUGAACUCAAAUCAGUUUUUAUGGCUAAACAAUAAGUAAAUCUUGAUUAUUUAUCUUCCCUGACUUGCACCCAUGCCGAAAAACGAUGGAAUGCAUCUUUGGAUAUCAGCGAGAUGUGAAGUUGUUACUUCUGAGCAUGAUUCCUAUUAGUUUUUGUCUCUUUUUUUCCUUCUAGCCGUGAAAAUUUAAACCCGCUUAGGUAUAUCCUAGCCGGAGGUAUGUUUUGUUUGUUCACUUAUGUAAAGAUAAUCCACGAAAAAGAGAAGGAGAAUCACUCGUAACCCUAAGAAUGGGAAUGGUCCUAAGUAUCAAAACAGUUUGCAAACGCUUGCUUUGAAGUUGUUAAAGGAUUGUUAAUAAUUGUAGCACUUAAUCAAAACAAAAAUACAGAUUUUAUUUUGACACCUAGGAACUGUAUUUGGUAAACACCACCAAUUGCCCAGAGAAAGCCGGAAUAAUUUUUUCCCCCUAACGGUCAGAUAUAGAUGCGAUUUUGAUACUUUUUAUGCUCAUAAUUUAAUUAUAUCUAUACUACUGAUUAACUUUAGCUUUAUAGGAUUUAUUUCCUCUUUUUGGGUAUUGCAGUGGGCUAGAACUGAACUCAAAAACCUUGCUCCUUGGCCUCCGAACCCAAGAAGUUUGAACACUGCCUGUUAGGUAGACUUGCCUUCAAAUUUAACCCAAAUUUUUUUCACGAGCGCGAAGCGCGAGUGGUAAAUUUUUUAUCUUUUCUGAAGGAAAAGUAAGCAAGAGAGUAGACUUGCCUACAAGUCAAGCCCAUAUUUUUUCACGGGCGCGAGGCGCGAGCGGUAGAUUUUCUAUCCAACUACCGGAACCGGAAAUGAGGAGCGAAGGACUUUAAGAAAGUCUAGCGAGGGAGCGGGAGCUCAACUUGUUCCCCCUGAAAAAAAAACGCACCAAGUGACGUCAUUUUGGCGCGAACUAUUUACGUCCCUGACGCGUGUGUCAAAGUUUGUCAAAACAAGUCGGUAAUGUUUUUCCUACUCAUGGCUGCCAGGUAAAACUGGCCUUGGUAAAUACUCAAAUGGAGUAAAAAAAAACGCCCACUAAAUCUUUUGUGUGCGUUGCAGUUCCCGAUAAUGUUUGGCUACAAAAUGCACAGCUCAAUUGAAUUUAUAAAUAGUUAAAUAGUUCAAGUCACGUUUCAUCUGGCGUGAUCUUGUGUGAUUGACGGCCCAAUAGUAAAACCGUUCUUGAUUGGGUAAAACUCACAGAAGGAAAAUUCCUUCUGUAAAUUUGGCGCGCUGCAGUGGAUAAAAGUCCUUGGCGCUGGGGUCAACUACCUAAACAGGAAAUGAGAAGCGAAGGACCUGUUAGGCUGAUAUUUUAAACAGCGUUACCCCAGAAAUUCAAAAUCUUAUCCUGGUUUCUUAUGGCAUAGCGAAAAUAGUUGUGUUGCCUUUUUUCCACCUCGGGUUAAUUUCAUUGAUGCGUUUGCGUGUGUUUUUACCUUAUUCCUUAUACCUUAUACCUUACCCGUACGACAGGCAUGAUCUGCUGGUUCUCCAUUCUUUCCGCCGAUGUGUUGAAAUCACGUGUACAAAUAGGUAACUCAUUGAAACGCACAUACGUAUUCGCGUGCGUUCACGUGUCGAACGUUUCGCCCGAAGUUUUGUUAGCAUUGCACGUCCGCAAGUGUUUUUGUUUGAGCGUUCUUCCUCCGUUCACCUGCUAGUUCUUGCAUAUGUGCCUACGUUGCUCUGUGCUCAUUUGGAGGACAGGCAAGACUCAGUGAGUCAACCGGGCUCUGUAAUUUUCUAGGGAAGCUUUUUCUUUGGUCUUCGGUUGACGGAAAGAAGUUUCAACAACAUUACGGCAUAUCGUGCGUUUAUCUUCAAAUUGAAUUCUGGAUAUUGAAUAAGUAAUGGAAGACCUUACGACAUAUCGUU